GAUCAUUACAACAUUCCGCUGCAGCAGUUUCUCACAGGAGGAGAAGAUAAAGCAAACGACAUACUACUUACUUGACUACAAGACCCCACCUCCGGUCCCUGGCGCCGCUAUCAUCAUCGUCUCUCUUCUGCUUCUCCCCCUCUUUCUUCUAUCUUUACCUACCUCCUCCACCUUUCUCUCCUUCCUUCGCUUUGCCAUUCGACAAGCCCCGCCGAAUAACUUAUAAUCACCAUAUACAUACAUACAUUUAUACAUACAUACACCACUCCCAUAUAUAUCUAUAUACACAUACACACACAAUGACAGCGCGCCAAUCGUCACCGACUUCAGACCACUCACAUUCGGACGGCAACGUCCGCAAGAGGGUUUGCAAGGCCUGCGAUCGGUGUAGACUGAAGAAAUCCAAGUGUGACGGAGCCAACCCAUGUGGUCGGUGUAGGACGGACAAUGCCAUCUGUGUAUUUGGCGAGCGGAAGAAGGCCCACGAUAAAGUGUACCCCAAGGGAUAUGUUGAGAUGCUCGAACAGCAACAAGCAUGGCUUGUUCAUGGACUUCAGGAGCUGUACCGACGAGCCACAGAAGGCGAAGGCUGGCCCGGCGAACCGUUGCAAUGCGAACCAAACGGCCAUCCGCUGACGCACGACUUACUCACUCGACUGGGGGCUCUGGAUCAGACAAAAGGCGAGCGCUUCGAAGAGAACACGGAGGUCAUGCAGCAAGAGCUGUGGACGCAAAAUGCCGGACACAUGCAACGCCAAGAUUCGUCAGAUGGAAGCUCCGAUAGCGCACAAUCACCCACUGUUCCCACUCGAUUUUCGGAUCCCUUUGCGCAUCAAAUGCCACCCACCCCGACGACCUUCAGCGCAUCUCGGGCACAGGGACCCACGAUCAAGACCGAACCGCAGAUGGCCCCAUCGAACCCGGCGUUCGCAGCUUCCAUGUCUAUGCAAGGCGUGGUCAACCCCUUGGCGCUUCAGACUCCGCAACAAUGGCCAAGCAACAACUUCAGCUCUUUUGAGGAUAUCGAUCUGAUAGGUGCCUCGGACUACACGAACCUGUCCUUCGAUGAUCAGGUUUCCUCGCCCAUGUUCAACCGUCAGAUUCCCAUGAGUUGCAUGUUGACCUCAUCGUAUAUGGACACGAAAAGCGAUUACGAAGACAUCAAUCAAUUUCUAAAUGCCAACCCGCCUGAGAUCGCGUCUACCUAAUGAGUUCCUUGAAUAUGCCGCAAUCUUGCCAAAGUUACUAUUUGUUGGCGCGAGAUGGAGUUUCACCAUCGUGACGUGACGCCUGUACAGUAUA